AUGGCUACUCACGUUAUGACCGCCACCGCCCCCAGUACCGCCAACCAGAUCUCGGUUUACGGUCAUCCAUCUCCCACCAAUUCCAAUACUACUACCCCCUCCAAUAAUUCUCCCACCUCCCCUCGUCUCACUACGUCUACCCUGCACCAACUCCCGUUGCAGUCUCGCCAGUUGCGUCCUCCCAAGGGCCCGCUCUAUGUUCCUGCUGCUCUGCGCCCGACCGAGCGUCCUCAGAAGUCCUCCCCCAUCACCCCACCGCGCAGCGCGCACGGUUCUCUGGACAGUCUGAACGAGGACUCUGAUGAACCUAUCAGUCGUCGCUCCACCAUGGAGAGCAGGUACAGUGGCAUCAGCAAGUCGGCCGAGCAUGAAUGGUUGAAGACGGAGCACUUGGGUGUGGUGACUGGUCUCCCUACUCGUGAGCACUGGAAAGCGGAUUCUGCUUCCCCCAACUGUGAUUCGCCCACCUGCCGUUCCUCCUUUGGCAUCUUCCUGCGUCGCCACCACUGUCGCCACUGUGGUCAUGUCUUUUGCUCCUCUCACACUCCCCAUAUCGUUCCCCUUGACCAGGAUGCGCGCUUCCAUCCCGAGGGGGUUCCCUCGCGGGCCUGCGACCUGUGUUGGAGUGCUCACCAACGCUGGGAGGAGACACGUACCGAUCGCCUGAACAAGAUCCAGAACAACAUGGAUGGCAAGAGCAUCGACGAGGACGCCACCCAGGAUCUUGAGAACAGCCAGGAAUCUGGCCGUGCCGCACUCCAAGCCAAUCUGGGUCAGACCGCCGACGUCGCUGCCAGCGUUCCUCGUGACUGGAAUUGGAGCACCUUCUGA